AUAAUAAUAAUUAAAAAUAGUUAGAAAGAAGAAACAGCGAUCACAGAUCGAAAACCCACCCACCAAAAUCAAACAAACAGGAUUUUAGAGAUAAACAACUACUACUUCUACUACCAGUAUUAUUUUUUAUUUUAUAUUAUUUUUAUUUGAUUGAAUUUUGAUAAAUAACAUUUUAGAUAUUUGUGAUCUGAAGAAGAUCGGUGGGUGGGGGAUUUGAUUUUAUAAAAUAAUAAUAUCAAAUAUCAAAUAGAAGAAGAAGAAAGAAGAAGAAAAAAAAAUGGUGAAUUCAAUGGUGGAAAGAGCAACAAGCAGUAUGUUAAUUGGGCCUGAUUGGGCCAUGAAUACUGAGAUCUGCGAUAUCUGCAACCACGAUCCUGCGCAAGCCAAGGAUGUUGUGAAAGGCAUAAAAAAACGUCUUGGAAGCAAGAAUCCAAAAGCUCAGCUUCUUGCGUUAACUCUUUUGGAAACAAUUAUGAAGAACUGCGGAGAUUUUGUCCAUAUGCAUGUAGCUGAGCGAGAUCUGCUUCAUGAGAUGGUGAAAAUAGUUAAGAAAAAGUUGCAGCCUGAUUUUCAUGUAAAAGAGAAGAUCUUAAUUCUAAUAGAUACUUGGCAAGAAGCUUUUGGAGGGGCAAGAGCAAGGUAUCCUCAGUAUUACGCAGCAUACCAUGAGUUAUUGCGUCUAGGGGCAGUAUUUCCUCAGAAGUCUGACAGACCAGCACCUGUCUUGACAAACCCACAAACACAGACCAGGUCAUCAUAUGGAAAUAAUCCAGAAAAUGGGAAUGCAGCAGCUGAGUCGUCUGCGGACGCUGAGUUUCCAUCUUUAAGCUUGACCGAGCUCCAGAAUGCACGUGGUAUCAUGGAUGUCCUUGCAGAAAUGUUGAGUGCAAUAGAUCCAGAAAAGAAUGAGGGGCUCAGGCAAGAGGUCAUCGUAGACUUGGUGGACCAGUGUCGUACCUACAAACAAAGAGUGGUACACCUUGUGAACUCAACUUCGGACGAAUCACUAUUAUGUCAGGGUUUAGCUUUGAAUGAUGACCUGCAGCGGGUUCUAUCUAAGCAUGAAUCACUUGUUUCUGGAACUCCUGUUCCAUCAGAAAGUUCAAAGCCUGAAACCAGUAAAGCAUUGGUACCUGUUGAUUCUCCUCUUAUUGAUACAGGAGACACCACACAACCUACACCAAGGUCUACCCCUGACAGUGGUGGUGUUGCAGACUUACUUGCUAUAACUCCAGUUACAACAAAUGACCCCUCAGCAGAAACUCCAGCAAAAGUCAGCCCCAAGUUUGACCUUUUGAGUGGUGAUGACUUCAGCUCACCAACACCUGAAAAUUCCCUAGCUAUUGUACCAAUGGGUGAACCUGAGUCUACUACUUCUGUAUCUCAGAACAAUGCCUUGGCCCUUGUUGAUAUGCUUUCACAAAAUAGUAUGCCAAGUGUUCCGGCUGGACAAGCAUUUUCUUCACCUCAAUUUCAACAGCCCCAAAAUUUUCCAUCUAAUCAAUCUCCACUAUAUACAAAUGGUAAUACCCCAAACACUGUGCCACCAGCCCAAUAUGAGCAUCAAACACCAUUUAACCAAGGAGCUACUUCAUCAUGGAAUGGGCAUGUAUCUCAACAGCCGUCAUUGCAGGAUCCACCUCAACCAUCUUAUGGUGCUCCGACAAGCGAUGGACUACCACCGCCACCCUGGGAAUCUCAGACAACAGAUGAUAAUCCAUCAGGAGGUCCUCAAUACUCACAGCAGCAAGGGCUACAACCCAACGAUCAGGGACUGAACAUGUACAUGCAGCAGCCAAUUACUAACAACCAUCUUCCGGCAUUGAACAGCCAGGCUGUCUACCCUCAACAACAAUUUCAAGGACAACAAAUGAUGGGUAUGAUUCCGCAGCAACAAAUUCAACCUCAAAUGUAUCCUCAACAGAUGGCUCAGCAAAUAGCUCAGCAAAUGUACCCUAAUCAUAUGCCACAGCCCUACGGCUAUGUCAACAAUUACGGAUACGGUUAUGGAUAUGGCCCGCAGCAAAAUGCUCAGUUUGUUGAUCAAAGAAUGUCUGGGUUAUCUCUCAACACUGGUACAGUUUACACAGGUCCGUCUAUGGCUAAUGCAUCGUAUGUACAUGUGCCAUCCGGAAAGCCUAUGAAGGCAGAAGACAAACUUUUUGGAGACUUGGUUGAUUUCUCCAAAGUUAAGUCAAACAAAAGCUGAUAAUAGUAUGUUACCGUAUGAUUUAUCGCCCUAUAUACUUGCUUUUUUUUUUUUUUUUUUUUUCUUUUUUAUAAAAAUCCUUUUUAAUCUUUGAUUAACAUUUUUAGUUUAUAUUCUUGUUUCCAGGCUUUAUAUUUGUUUCCAAAUUUUAUUUUCCUUGGAUUUAUGUACAUUACAUGUUUGAGGGGAGAACAUAUGCGAGCUGAAAACACCGCUUUCCAAUAAGGUCUAUAUUUGUUUUGUGCUGGUUUUCAUAUUGUUUCAUCUGUCUGGAAUUUCUGUAUAAAACAUUUGACUUCAUUCUUAUAACCGAACCUUCUAGUUCAGUUUCA